UUCGGACACCGCCCCCCCCGCCCCCGCCCCCGCCGGACGGUCCAGCCCCGCGCGCCCCCAGCUGCCGCCCCGCGCGCCGUGGGAGUUCCGGGGAGUUCCGCGGAGUUGGUCGGGCCGGGCCGGAGCCGUCGGUCCUGAGCGCUGCCUUCCGCGUUCCGCUGCGGCCCCACCUGGCGCCACCGCCCCGCGCCAUGGCCGGAGCUCCCGGGGCGCAGCGCUGACGGCGGCCGGCGGAGCGCGCCAUGCCCAGCAGGACCAGCCCCAAGAUGGACGGGAGCAGCGGCCGCGUCCGCCUCAAGGCGCAUUACGGAGGGGACAUCUUCAUCACCAGCGUGGACGCCGCCACAACGUUCGAGGAGCUCUGCGAGGAAGUAAGAGACAUGUGCCGUCUGCACCAGCAGCACCCGCUCACCCUCAAGUGGGUGGACAGCGAAGGUGACCCUUGCACGGUGUCCUCCCAGAUGGAGCUGGAAGAGGCUUUCCGCCUGGCCCGUCAGCGCAGGGACGAAGGCCUCAUCAUUCAUGUUUUCCCGAGCACCCCUGAGCAGCCAGGACUGCCGUGUCCAGGAGAAGACAGUGAGUACUGGGGUUUCCUACGCCAGUCUUGCAUGUUACGGGGUUGAACUAUUGAUCCGUUGUGCCGAGGAGGAGGCAGUGGCGCCGUUUUCGGAGGUUCACCCUCAUGGAGCGUCAGGGCACGAGCAGCCAUGGUGACCUCAGCUGCUGCCUGUGCACGUUCUGGCUGACAGCACCGCGUGGCGGGGGCCUCGCUUGGCUGGUUGGUGGCAUGAGAAGUCCGGGGUGCCUUGCUGUCUCCAUGGGAGGGAAAGGCCAGGUGGGACGCUGGACAUUGCUCCCAUGUGGCUGCCUCAGCUCAUGACCACCCCCAGGCCAGUUGUCCUCUCCUCCUGGUCCCUGCUGGCCCCUGAGCUGGAGUGGGGGCUCCCUUCAUUCCACGCUGGCUCCAUCAGGAGGAGAAGAAGGAAAGUGAGUCCUGGGGGUUGUGGCUUCAGAGGGAAGCUUCUGACCUCACUUCCUACCACAUCCCGGAGACUGCUGGGCCCUGAGCAGGUGGCUACGCUGCUCUGGGGCCAUGCAUCCCAUGGCUGUGUUUGAUGGGGUUCCACCCCCACCCUCCAAACCCCACACUGCCUCCAGCGUCCGUGCCAUGCCUUGUUUGUUGUGUGGGCAGGAGAUCCUGGACCGAGGCCGCUGCCUGUCCAGUGCAGGGGACGUGGCUCAGUGCCCUUCAGGCAAGGUGUCCCCAACCCCUGCUGCCAGGGUGCACACCAGGUUGGCCUCAGGCUGGAUGCUGGGUGUCGGCGGUGCCCUGUGUUGGGCAGGAAGCGGAGGUGGAGGCAGAUUCAGGCCAAGAGGGCGAGUGGGCAGUUGGGGUUAGAGUCUCGGCUUCCAGGGAGAAGUGGGGUCGAAUAGAGGUUUGGCAGCACUUAGCGCAGGGGAGGCCCCAGGAGCCACGGGAUUUCCAUGAUCACCCCGGGGAGAGGGUGGCGUGGCAUCCUGGUUUCAAGCCCUCAGCCAACAGGGGUCCCUGAACCGUGGCCGGCAAGGCCGAGGAGACAUCCAGAGGCGGGCCCUGGCAGGAGUGGAGCGGGUGGUCUGGGGCUGGACCUGCCCGGGGGCCGGCAGGAGGAGAUGGGGUAUGGCCGUGGCAGGCAGACACCACCGGGCGGUUUUGGCAGCAUGAGGCAAGUGUGAGGAGGCGGGGGGCGCGUUCCUUUGUUCAGCCCUGGUUGUGGCUCUGGAGAUAGUACCACCUGGGCUGGAGAGAUGGGGACCCUGUGUGUCCCAGUGAGAGGCAGGUGGAAGGGAGAUGACGUGUGACGUCCACGGCCCCGGGCGGGAGUGGCCGGGCAAGGGUGCAGGUUGGAAUUCGGAGGCCAUGUUGA